AUGGAGGUCGACGACGCCGUGUCGCAGCAGCAGUUUCUGCCAGAGCUCCCUGCCGUUGUGGAUGCAGGCCCCGAGAUCGAGCAGUUUGCCAACGCCCUCGACGAUUGUCUUUCCCCCCGGCUUUCGGACGGUGACAGGCGUGAGAGGCUCCUCCACCUAUCUAGCAGAUACCACGAGAACGCAAUACGACGCCUUAUGCGGUCGAAGCCCGCCGAGGGCAGGAGCAGCUACGACGAUGCCGACAUGGACACGGACGACGCGAGCGCCACCGGGCCCUUGUCCCCCGGCGAUUCCGAGAAGCUGAAGCAGCUGGAGAAGGAGGCACAGACGUGGGAUCUCCUACGCAGGGUACUCCCGCUCCGUUAUCCGGGCCCGGAGGACGCCGCCGCCGCCCCCUCCACAUCCCAGCUCUCGUUCUCGCGAAUGGUUGACGAGCCGCCGGCAGUGGUCGCCGACGACAACAGCAGCCUUCGCAGCUUCUUCCUGACCAACUCAAUCGCCAAGGAGCGCCUGGCAGUACUGCAGUGGCUACAGACCAACGCCUCGUCCGGCCCCGACAUCGACGACCUGACGCGCGACCUGCAGCGAAACGCCGACCGGGGCGACAUCAUCGCUGACGGGUGGCUCCACACCCGCUCGUCAGUCAAGAUGAAGAAGAGCGUCACGGGUUGGCCGCACCUGCUCGACCGCCAGUCGACCAACAUCUCGGCCACGCACGUCACCGCCAAUGGGGAGCCACUGGUCACGCAGCUAGACCCGGAUGCCAGCACGCGCCAAGGUCGCAAGCUCCAGCCCCAGGAUGAGUACUUUGAGAGCGCCAUAUGCCUGGGCUGUUACGAGCACCUGCGACGCGGGAGCAGCCUCCAAACGAUACGCGACUGGUGCCAGGACAGGACCGAGAUGUGGAAGGCCGUAUCCGUGUCGGGUAUGCUCAUGUCAGCCGAUGACGCCGAGGACAAUGUCGCCGAGGGCGUGGAACCUGCAUCGCUUGCGCUCUGGCGCCGAAUGUGCUUCAGUCUCGCCAAGCAGGGCGGCUCCAACGACUACGAGCGCGCAGUCUACGGUGUCCUGUCCGGUGACAUUACCAGUGUUGAGAAGGUGGCCCGCACAUGGGACGAUUUCCUCUUUGUCCACUACAAUGCUCUCCUACGGACACAGCUCGACACCUUCAUCCUGGGCCGCUGCCCGCCCGGCGAGGCGUCCAGCCUGACGCAGACCUUCCCGUCAUUCGACGCUGUGCAGUUCCACGGCGAAGAGGCCGGGGUGGAGAAGCGGCUCAUCCGAUCCCUGGAGUCCCGGGCCGAUAUUAAGGACGAGGCGUCUGAGGCGAACAAGGCCCUGCAGGCGUCCAUUAUUUCCCGGGAUAUCGACGAGUACCUCUACAACCAAGGCAGGGCACUCGCCUCCUCGUCGGAAAUCUCGUCGGUGCUGGAGACCCCCAAGGAGCAAAAGUACUUUGCCCUGGGCGACAAUGACGGCCUCCGCAUCGUCACCCAUCUGUACGUGCUGGUGACGCUGCUAGGCCGCCUCGAUGAGGACAAUGUAAGCUUCGCCGAGCACCUCAAGCGCCCCGGGCGCCGGGCGGCCCAGGAGAACAUCCUGGCGCAGUACGCCGGCUUCCUCCGCCGCGCGAGGCUGGAGGAGCUAAUCCCGGUGUACUGUUCCAUCCUCGAGCCCCCGCGCCGCUACGAGGUGCUCAGCGCCAACCUGAUUCUCGAGGAGGACAGCCAGCGCCGGAUCGAGCUGCUCAACCUCAUGAAGCGCGCGAACAUCGACGUGAUGCAGUUCGUCAAGACGCAGGCCACCCUGCUAUACGAGCAGGUGGCUGCGGGCACGACGGCCACGUUCGAGGCCAAGACCAGCUUCAAGAUCCUCGACGCUGGCGCGCCCACCGCUCGCCUGGGGCGGUCCAUCCAGCCCGAUUUCUUCGGCGACGACCCGGACGCCAUCGAGCCGGCACACCAGCACCUCAUCUGGUCGCUUGAGUGGCUACUCAUGGUGACUGAGACGUGGCCCAACGUCUUUUCCAUCGGCACGCAGGUGUACAAGUUCUUCCUCCGACACAUGCACCUCAACGCGGCACGGAAACUGGCCAAGAGCGUUUCGUUUGCGGCCGUCAUGCAGGAGCUCGGCGUCGAGGAUGACUUUGACGAGGCGUGGUACGAUAACGCGGCCUUCUGGGCCGAUCAGCUGGAGCGAAACAACAUUCAGGACACGACGCCCGAGAAUGUGCUUGCCAACGCGCGCAACUUCCGGGAGCUGGAGGCACUUGUCAAGGCCCUGGACAGUCUGGAGACCAUGGGAGCGUUUGCCGAUGUGUCCAAGGAGGCACCUACUGGGCAGCGCGAUUUCUGGAACCAGAUUGGCGAUGCCAUCAAGGUCACCAAGGACACUAUGGAGCCGCUCCUCAAGAAUUGGCUCCUCCCCGGCAUCCAAGGCGGCGACGAGGAACUCGGCGAGCUACGGCGGGCGUACCUCCCCGAGACGGUUCUGGCGUACGUCAGCGCCCUGCAGUUCGCGGGCACGGGCCUGUCGCGCGACUGGCUCCUGGAGUGCAUGAAUCUGGCGUCGCUGGUGACGGAGCGCGGAUCGGACCUAGAGGGCGCCUUUGUCGAGUCAAGAAGGGUCAAGGAGCUGCUGGGGGCCUUUGCCGCCAGCAGCAAGGCUCUGGCCAUAACCACGAGCGAGAAGAGGGCGGCGGGGACGGUGAACAAGAAGCUCCGGGAGAUGGGGUGGUCGAGAGAUUUAUGGUCUGUAAAGUCGUAG